AAAACGUUUACAUGUAUAACUUAAGUGAAAAACAAGAUGAAUAUUUUUGUUAAUAAAAUCAACAAACAUUUAAACUCAAUCAACGUGAUUAUCAUGAAAAUGGAUUCAAUCGAUUUACUUUAAGUUUCGUGUUAAAUUAACUUUUGUCGGAUUUUCUCAAUUGUCACCAUCAUUCUCUUAAUUAUCAUCUCGAUUAACAUUUAAUAUGAAUCUUGAUUCAUCUCCCAAUGGGUCAACUGCUCUCAGUGACAUCGACUUUGUGAUCGCUUAUAUUUGUAAUGAAGCAAAUAAUGGAUUUGCUGAUAUAACAUCAUCAUCAAAUUUUUCAUCAUCUUCAUCUUCAUCAUCAUUAUUGAGCCCCGUUAUUUCCGGCAAAUCUUCAUCUUCUUUAACAAUAUCGCCUUCAUCUACUUUCUCCUCUUCGUCAUCAUCUCUUCUCUCCCCAUUGUCAUCCUCAUUGUCUACUUCACCCACAUCAUCAUCUUCAAUACCUGAUUGGGAUCCAAAGGAGUCAAGAUUAUCUCGUUAUUUGUCAACAUCUUCCAACAUCACAACCCCUAAUACCAAUAAUCAUCUUCAUCAUCAAUUGUCGGAAGGAUUUAUCACUAAUUCCAGGAAUAAACAGCCUUGUACCACAUCAACAGAAGAUCAUCAUCACAGAGAAGCUUCACCAAUUAGUUUAAAUUUUCUCAAUCAUUCUUCCCAAAAUCAAUAUCUCCCAUCGGAAGAUAUUAAAUGUACAAGCACAACAUCAACAGUUAUAAUUCAACAAACAAAUCAUCAUCUUCAUCAUAAUAGUAACUCAACUAACAAUAGCAAUGGUCGAUCAUGUAAUCCUUUAGCUUCCGUUUACCAAAAUAUCCCGACGACACUUUCAUCUCAAGAAUAUAAUCUUCCACAAAAUAAUCUUCAUCACCAUAAUCAACAUCAUCAUCCACAAAACCAACAAUCAAUCAACUCAAUUGGAGGCUUGAUUAAAUCAAAUUACAAUGGUUCCUGUGAUUUCAACAGGUAUUCUCAUCCAUCUGAUUGUGGAUCGUUCAACAAUCCUGAUUUAAGUCAACCAUUAAUCACCUCAACAACAGGUCACCUCUCAGUAACUAACCACAACAGCGUUACUUCAAUCAACAACAACAACAACAAUAACAAUAGCAACAAUUUAGUCAGUAAUCACUCUGAUAGUAAUAGUUUAAUUGAAUUCACCUCAAUACCUGAACUUGGUGAUUUAAUUUUCUCCCCCAAUGAUGAGACAAUCAAUUCGAUGAAUGGUCUAUGCUCUGCAAUACCAAGUCCAACUUCGGGUUACCUUUCCCAAGAGACAAAUGGACUUUUCCUUUCAAAUUACACUCCACCCACACCGCCCGAUUCGGAGAGUGAAGGGAUCAUCAAUUGUCAUCAAACUCAAGUUCCUACAAUCAGUGAAUAUGUUUCACCGUCGACAACACUAACAACCACAAGUCCAGUAGUUAAAAUCAAUAGACGAAAUAAUCCCGAAUUGGAGAGGCGCCGAGUUCACUUUUGCCACUACCAAGGAUGUAACAAAGCUUAUACGAAAAGUUCACAUCUUAAGGCCCAUCAAAGGCUUCACACAGGUGAAAAACCAUACAAAUGUGAUUGGCCUGAUUGCGAUUGGAAAUUUGCUCGAUCUGAUGAAUUAACGAGGCAUUUUCGUAAACACUCUGGAGAUAAACCUUUCAAAUGUAAGGUUUGUGGUAGAGGAUUCGCUCGAUCUGACCAUUUAACUCUUCACAUGAAAAGACACAAAAUUUUAUCAUAAAUCAAGAAGAAAAUGAUGAACAUUAAUCAUCACCAAGAAAUCAAAGCGGAUUCGUUCAACUAAUCAACAAUUGCAACAAUUUUUGGAUAAUCAAUAACACGUACACACAAACACCAAGGGUUCCUAAAUUUCACCAAUAAGGCAACAUGAUUUUUUUUCACACCAAAUGAUUAAAUUGUUACAAGAUUAUAUUAACUCUCAAAGUCUAUGGUCCAAAAUUGGAAUUCUAACGAGAAAAAUCACCAAUGACAUUUUCUAUUAAUUUCAUGGAAAACUUUCGACUCUUUUUUAUUCUAAUUUCUCUUUUUUAAUCUGCACAUUAGAUUUUCUCUUUCACGUCACCCCAACCCUAACGUUGCCGAUGGUGACGAACCAAAGACGAACCAAAAUCAAUUGACAUCUCGACAAUCGAAAGAGAGAGAGAAGCAUCACAAGUUUAUCGAAAAUUUUUUCUAAUCUUAGAAAAAAUUGUCGAAAAAAACACCCAAACCAAAGCACUUUUUUUAAAUUUCGUAAAAGUUGAUUUUUGUAUUACCUUUACCCACUUUUUCAUCUUUUUUUUAACUUUUUUAAAUUCUAUUUUUUUGUCUUCUCUCAUUGUAACAAUUCAUAAGAAUUCCUAAUCAGUGAAAGUCUCAGAGCUAUUAAUAUAAUCAGAAUGGCGAGGUCAAAUUUUCAUUAAAUUCCUACUAAAAUUUCGUCCUUUUCUGGACACAAACGAA